CGCAGCGUGACGUCACGCACCCGGCGCUGAGGCUUUGGGCCUCGGGGGCGGGGCCAAGCAAAGCAGUGGGCGGGGCCGGUUUGGUUUCCCGGCGUGCUAUGCGUCACAGCCUCCCACUAUGGAGCGCGCCGCGGUGCUGCGCGUCAAGCGGAAGCGCGGCGGGCCGGAGCCGGCCGAGGCGCUGGUGUUGUCGUGCAAGCGGCCGCGCACCGAGCAGGGCGGCGACAUCGAGAGGAACCUCUUUACGCUUGUGGCCACAGUCGCCUCGCAGGAUGAACCAGUUCAGAAGUAUGUACGAGAAGCUAUUACUCGAGACAAAACAGCUCACGUUCUGCGGCCCUCUCUCAGAAGUGCUCAAAGAAUCUUUCAGGACCUGCAUUAUUCCAAGCAGGUGAACAGGAAGGAAAACCGAUACCGUCUCUUAAUAAGUCACCGGCCAGACUGCUUUGAGAAAGAAACCAUUGCACUUGAUACAAAUGAUGAAGAGUUAACUAAGGGUGAGAGAUCAGACUGUGAAGCAAAGAACGAUGCUUCACAAAAAGAGAGCAAUGCUACUGAUUGUGGGGGGUUCCAGUUGUUUGAUAUAGUACAAGAGGAGGAAGACCCCAGUAUUGUUGCAGCACACACACAGAAGACUGAUGAUCCAGAUGUGAUUCUCUGUAAUGCCGUAGAGAUGAUCCGUGAACGUUUAACUGUAUCUGAGUGUGAUAAAAGGGAAGAGCACAAAAAGAAGGAAGAUGAUUAUGUUUAUGAUAUUUACUACAUGGAAACAUCAACCCCUGGUUGGAUUGAGAAUAUCUUGUCUGUGCAGCCCUAUAAAGAGGAAUACGAACUGGUAGCAGAUCCUAUUUCAGAAGAAAUAUAUGAUGAUGAAGACGAUGAGAAUGAUGAGAAUAAUUGGCGUAAUGAUUAUCCUGAUGAAGAUGAGUUCCUUCCUGAAGAAAAUGAGAACAGUGACAGAGAAAAAGAAGCACUGUCUGCUUCUGCUCACAGAAGGGCCCUUUCCUUACACAUCAGAAGUUCGAGAGCCUAUGGAAGCAAACUAUCAGAUAUUACUUUAUUAAUGAAAAUGACUGUAUUUACUUCUCUGUCUAGAUAUAUGGAUUACACCAUAGACGAUUAGGAUCACACACUUCCUGUCACUGAAAUAUACCUUAACAUAGUAAGUGGAAAAAACUGGUCUCAGAAUAGAUUUUGAACUUUGAAUUUAUAAAAUAUGCCCAAGCUUCUUGGCAAAUCUAUUGCCUGCUGAGAUUUAUAAUCCUUUAUACAGUUAAAGCUUCAAAAAUACUGAAGUGCUCCUACUUAAAGAAUAGAGUGCAGUCUAUCACAGCAAGAUUUAAGUAGUCAAAUACCACUUUUAAUUAAAUAAUUAGGUGAGACAACAAAAAAGAUUUGUGAGAUUUAAAAAAAAAUCUGUGAUACUUAAACAAAAUACCUACAUUGAAGUGUACUUAAAUUUACUUAAAACAGUAAUUAAAUCCAGUGGUUGGUAAAUGCUGCAGAAUGCUACCAGUUUACAACAAAAUCUAGCACUAAAUUUAAUCUGUACCACAACUUCAACUUUGCCUUACAGGUAAAACAAGAUUGACUAGAAACUCAAUGCCCAGGAGCCCGACAGUUAUAACAAGUUUUAAAACAGUUUAUAGUAUUAGCAAUUUCUUAGCCUCUCAAUGAAAAUCUUUCAGUUCAAUGGAAUGCAGGUUUGAUGUGGCUUGCUUCAAACUGAAAGAAGCAGAUUUAGAAAAAUAAAUUACUGAGACCUAGAAGGGAUGCACACUGCAGACUUCCAAUUCACAGUUUGAUUCAGUUUUAAACAAACAUUUAGACCAAUGUUUUGAAAAUAAGAGAAACUAUACCAGAAGCACAAUCCACAGUGCUUGCUCCUUUUGACUGCUGUACUUUAAGAUGGCUACAAUUUUAACAAAUUGUACCUCUUCCCUCCCUUUAUUAUAGUGAUGAUGCAUGCUAAAAUUGUAGCUACCCUGAGUGCAGAUCCAGGAGUGAUAAAAGUGCUCAUGCUGAAAGCCAAUGAGUCUGCUUUCAAAUUCCAAAAUGCUCAAGAUUCACUUUCUGUCUUGUUGCUAUAUUGUUCCCUAUCUGUCACUUCUACCACUUCAGUUUUCAAGUUGACUUAAUAGCUAUGGCAAUACUCACUUAUGCUAGAAGACCUUAUACAAUAUUGCAUUUCUUCCCAUGAACAGUAUUAGAAGCUAUAUUCUGGGCUUGGUAACACUGUUUGUGUGUUACAUUUAUGAACCACUCAAACUUCAACAUUUGGGUUUAUGUAUUGGGAUUCCAUUUAAACCAGUUUGCCUAAUCAGAGCCUCUUUAACAUUAAAAGCCCUGCUUAUAACCAUUUCAGGAAAAAAGGUUUGUAAAGUUCAUAAAAGAUGCUGAAUGAACUAAGCUUUGAAUACUAAAAUCUUCUUUCCACCCAAGUUACCACAUCGGUGAAAUGAUUUUCCAGGAAAAAGUUCAGCUUAAUCUGUGUUUGUCUGUAUUCUCUGCUGUAACUGUCAAUGAGUUUUGCCAUGGCUGAUUUUCUGUCAAGAUAAGGAAGUCAUUUGACAUAGGCCAUGGAGCAUCCUUCAGAUAGGAAUGGCUUUUGGUCACUUAGGACAUGAAGUGGCUUUGAAUUCAACUGAGAGUUAUUAUUCUACUGUCCUCCGAAGUCUGUUUAAUUUGAUCACUCAGCUCCACCAUCCAAAGAUUUAUUGCUGCUCUUCUUACCACCUCAAUCCCACUUCUCUGAGAUUUCAUCAAACUACAAUAAAUAGCUGUCAAACAUUGUUCCUGUGGGAAAUAAGUGGAUAAAAAUCUAUCCUGAAUGUUGUAGUUAAGGGGAAGACUAUAACAAAGCAUGGUCUGCAUAGAAAUCCCUCUUCAGGUAUCGCUGAUAUCUGCUUCUGGCUCUGAUCCUUCAGUUGUCCCAUUUUUCCUGUUGAGCUUUUUCUGUUCCCUUAGUUGCAUAUUAUUUGCUUUUUACAUUGUUUUGGAAUUGCUUUGUAUCUUUAGUAAGACUUGGUCUCCCAUUUCUUUUCUUCACUCUUGCCCAUCUCUGUCAAAACACAGUAACAAAGCAGCUGGGUAGCUCGAGUAAUAGCACCUGCACAGGAAAUUGAAGAAAAAAAAAAUCAGAUAAGUAUUUACCACCAUAAGAACAGCUGCUUACCUAAAACUUAACUUCAUAGACAAUUGUUCUAUGUAUAAGAUGAUAAUUGAAAAAUCUUGAAAUAGUCAUUUCUUAGAAAAAGACACAUGAAGCACACUAAGUUUCCACUAAAAUGUUUGGUUUAGCAUCUUUAAAAGCCAUGAACAAAAACAUUGUGUUGUCCUAAUGAUGUCUUAAGGUUUUUGCCAAGCAUCCUGUCCCAUCGUUGAAAAUGCCUAAAGUAAAAUGAUAACAUUUAAAAAGCAAGGAAAGGGGCAUGAGGGGAAAGUUUUGUAUAAACUUUAAGAUAUGGUUUAAUUGUUAACUUAUAGAACUACUGCUGAUGUACUGUACCCAUUCAUAAAUUAAGAUUAAACUCAUACCUAAUCCUUAUACAAGUAAAACAUUGUGCUUUAAUGCACAGUAGACUAUUUUACUGCACGUUAAAGUGUCACAUAAACUGACAUUAUGCUAAUGCAUAGUAAAAUAGUCUGAUGUGUUUUAAGCGUCACUAAAAAAAGCACGCAAAUGCACUGCUGCGCAUUAGCACAGCCUAAUGCACAUUCAUUUAGUGCCUCAUGUUGGAAGCACUAAAUUUAAUAUGCAUUUAAAAAGGUGCAUUAAUGCACACAUAGAUUGAGCAGUAGGACUGAUAGAAGAGGGUGAUUUAUUCUGAAUUGCAGCAAUUCAGCAAAAGUAUACAGUAGGCAAAAUUCUAAGGAAAUUAGUUUUCAGCUGUGAAUGGCAUAAACAUUCGUUCUCAUCAGGUCUGGGAGUGUAUAAAGUCAAAGCAAGACCACUUGUAUGACAGUCAAGUCAUUUUAAAAUCAUAACUAGGUUUCCCAAAUAAGAUUGUUAAUGUUUGAUGAAAUGGGAAUGCAAUGAAAUGUAUCAAAUGGCAAACAAUGUAUCCAUUUUCUUUUGUACAAUAAUUGAGAUAGGCUUAAUAAAUAAUAUUUUAUUUAA